AGCCAUUUCCUUCUUUUUUUUCUCUAUAACUCAUUCCCUUCUUUUUUUUCUUCUUUUUUCUUUCAUAUAUAUCCCUUUUUUAAAAUGAAGUUUUCUUUGCUCUUGGCAUGUUUAUCUGCUUUGAUGGCCAUUACUCUUGUCAAGGCUGGUAGUCUUGAAGACGAAAUUGCAUCUGCCGAAAAGAAGUUCUGUAGUGGUCUCUCUGUUACUGGACCAUCAAAGGGACAAACCUUCACUAAUCCCAAGAAUAUUAAAGUCACAGUCAAGAGAACUCCCAACUCUUACUCUAAGGUUAUCACUGGUGUUGAUGCUUACUCUAUCAACAGUAAAGGUAAAGCUACUUACCUCAACACUGUCUGGACUGGUAAAUACAAAUUGAACAAGCAAGCUUCUUUAACUGUUGACUUGAGCAAAAUCAAGGCUGCUAAACUCCCUGGCCAAUUUGAAUUCCGUGUUUGGGUUACCAACACUGCUGGUCCAGAUUGUACUUUGAUGUCCAAGGUCUUCAAGGUCAAGUCUUCUUCUCACUCCAACGCUGUUGAAGAAUCUGAAUACAGAGAUUUGAGCGAAGACAUUGAUCGUGGUUGUUUCGGUAUCGAAUUGGAAAGCCCUGCUCUUGGUGCUGAUGUUACUGCUGGUGAAACUUUCUCUGUCCAAGUCAAGCGUGAUUCUGCUGCUCAUACCAACUACUUGACUGGUUUGGAACUCUACAAGGUCAACCUCGAAACUCGUGAAUCCAGCAAGGUUCAAGAUUCUUGGACUGGUAAGGAAUCCAUUGCCAACGUCUUCAAUAUCAAAGACACUGUCCCUACUUCAGCCAAGGCCGAUAACACUGCUUUCUACUACAAGUUGAGUGCUACUACUCAACAUGAUGAAACUUGUGAAUUCUAUUCUCAUCCUUUCUAUGCCAAUUAGAAGCAUAAAAAUAACUUCAUUCAUCUCAUAAUAAAUAGUAUCAUCAUGUAACAUUAA